AUUAUGAUGGAAACAAAAAACUUAAUCCUCAAUUUCUCAUGCCGCCUCUGCCUCACUCCCUUACACUCUCAUCAGUUCACUCUCACUCUCACAUCCCAACCUAAAUCGCAUCUCAGGUAUCACCCUUUUCGUCUUUCUUCCUCUUCUUUCCUCCUUUGCAACCGCUCACCUACUUCCUCUUACUGAGUCGCCGGUGUCGCUCCGUGCUUGCGUCUCACAGCGUUGGCACCGCCUGCACCCGUGUCGCCGCCUGCACUCCGCAAAGAUGAAGCUGCUCCAGCCAUGCCUCUGCCAUCACCAGCAUAUUCAGAUCUGUCAUCAACAUUUAUGCUUCUGCGUCCAUCUUCUUCAAAUCUGCCAAUCUGCCAUCAUCAAUAACCAAUAAGCUGUUUGCAUUCUUUUAAUUAUAUAAUCAUUCAAAAAGUUUUAAUUUUUUCCCCAAUAAUCAUCAUCAUCAUCUAUGAUAUAUAUGUCAAUAUUAUUUUGAUUUAUAUAUAUUGUUAAUGUUUGAUUUAUAUGAAUAUGUUUGAUUUUAUUAUAUUGUGAAUUGUAUUUUGUUGGAAGAUGAUUUCGAAUAGAUGAAAAUUAGAAACCAAUUUGGUUUAAUUAUGGUAUAAUUUAAAUUAUUUGAUUGUUCUACAUAAUUGUAUUAUUUCUAUUCAUAGAUUGUAAUUAGAUUAAAUUUUUUAUUCAAAAAUCUGUGGAUAUCCGCAGAAAUUCUGAUUUCCGGCGGAUAUGGAGUCCCCGUUAUCUGUCGUGAAGACGGAACGGGGAUAAGGACGAAUUAUAGGUGGCGGAAGUCCCUACUUAUGACUAUAUUUUUCACAAGAGAAACAUACGAGAUUACCUUCGUAUUCAAUAUUAAGAAUACUUUCCAAAAUAGAGAUUUUGGAAACUAAUUUCUUAGACAAAUUAAUCUCGACGCAAAUCCUUGCAAAUCUUUCUUUUGAAUGUAUAGAAGUAGCUCGAUCAAUUUUUAACAUAUUUCCAAGGGCAGACUCAAGCUUCCACAAAAAAUGGAAGUUAUACAAUUCAACCGGAAGGUUGAAAAUGCGAAUUCAUGCCGCAAUCUUUCUCACAUGGUGCUUCGACGGUAGAAAAAAAGGAUUUCCACCUUUGAACAAUUAAAUAAUAUCCCACAAUCAUCCAUAGUCCUUCCAUAAAGGCAUAAGAGUAGUCUCUCCUCAGCAAAAUGCACCAAAUAAUAAUCUCAAUCCAUUAUGUGCCCAUUCUCAAUAAAGACGCUCUUUGAUGAAGUCAAGGGCUACUAUUUCCUAGCAUUUGUUUUUAUCAGGAACCGCCUUGCCCUUGUCCUAUUUUAAAAUGAUGAAGAUCGGGUCGGGUGUUUCCACUUAAUUUAACCCCAAUUGCUUCAUGAGUCCUCUUACAGUAAGCAAAGAGGAGUGGAAGCGAAGCGAGUAAGAAACUAAGAACCAAGAAAGAAGCCAUGAACGUGGGACUCGCUAUCUCUGACAUGCAUACCCCUUCCACCAUCCGCUUUCUUUCACCAUCUUCUUCCCCUUAUCACUUCCUUUUUCCCCUUUACCUUCCCAAUAACCACCACCCACGAUUUCGCGCCAAAUCCUCCCUCGUAAUUGAGAAGCAGGACCCACCCGCCCUCUCCGUCGUUCAAGCUCCCGCACUGUCCUUGCCGGAACCGGUCUCUCGCCGUCUCAUCCUCCUUCGCCAUGCCAGGAGUUCCCGUGAAAAUCGCUCACUCCGUGAUCAUGACCGGCCUCUGAGUAAAUCUGGCCGUGUGGAUGCUGUCAAAGUUUCUCUAAAGCUCCAAGAGUUGGGAUGGAUUCCUGAACUUAUUUUGUGUAGUGAUGCGGCACGGACUAAGGAGACACUCAAAAUAAUGCAGGAGCAAGUGCAGGAACUGGUGGAAGCCGAGAUUCAUUUUGUUUCUAGUUUCUAUUCGAUUGCAGCCAUGGAUGGACAGACAGCAGAGCACCUUCAAAAGACUAUUUGUAGAUAUUCAAAGGAUGAGAUUCUUACUGUCAUGUGCAUGGGACAUAAUAGGGGGUGGGAAGAGGCGGCCUCGAUGUUUUCUGGGGCCUCUAUAGAAUUGAAAACAUGCAAUGCUGCACUGCUGGAAGCUGCUGGAAAAUCUUGGGAAGAGGCAUUUGCUGCAGCGGGAUUUGGCGGGUGGAAGCUUCAUGGCAUAGUAAAGCCAAGUAGCUAGCUAGUUGAGCAUUUCCAUAGAGAGUUAACGCAAAAAAAGAAAAAUAUAUGCGCAGAAGUGGAAGUUCGAAGCAUCAUGAGUUCUUUCUGAAACCGAAAAGCUCAGUUUCAGCAGUGCAAAGAGUUGAUUAUGACUUUAGAAAUCAUGCUGGAAGGAAAAUGGAAAAUGAUGGAAAAAUUUUCAGUUGCAAAUGAGUUGCUUCCAAGAUGAGUCAAGAUAUAUAAGCAUGGCUGAGGAUACAGAACACAGAAUCUCAGUCCCUUCAAAUGCUGCUGCUUAAUGUAUAUAGCAUAAAGUUCAUUGAAGUGAACUCAUGCUGCUUACUGGUUGAUUCAAGUUGAACACAACAUCAAAUAAGAAUUGUUAUGUAAAUCAUGUGCUGUGGAAAAGAUACAUACCUGCCAUUAUAUUAUACCUCUUCCCCCUUAGUCUUCAUUCUUUAAUUAAAGUGAAAAUUUGUUUGAUCAAGCCUCAGCUUGAAUUCAGUACAAGUCCUUGAA